GGUAUCCAUUUCAGGUGUGGAACCUGAAUUUUGUGUUUAUAGCUGACAAUACUUUAUUUCAAAUUUGCUGAAUUCAAAAUCACAGUUUUGCAUCUAUUUUUUAAGGCCACAAAAUGAAUCAGACAAUGUACAACAAGAACAAAGAUACAGCAGUGUUCAGAGGUAAAUGCAACUAUUUCAUUCUCAAUAUCAGCACAAAUAUUUGUCUUUUGUAUCUUCAUGAUUUUGAGUAUCUAGUGAGGAAACUGAAAAACGUCUGUUAUUUAUGACACGUGAGUAGCCUGUUUUAUUUUUGUCUUUUCUUCCCUCAAACAUACAAAGUCAAAGAAACGUUUUUGUCAACCUGUAUCGAUCCGCAGAAGAUAGAAUAAGAGUCAGCGUGCCUAAGUCACAGGAAAUACACAAAGUGUUUAUUAGUCUCUCUGCUGAUUUCUCCUCCUUUUCCUCUUGCUAUUAGAUCACAAGAUGAAGACACACAAUCAGGCACAAACCCUGAGGUGGACAGACUUUCUUGUGUUUAUGACAAUGAUUUUGUGCAAGAUAUGAUCAGACCAGCCAGAGCUCAGCAGUACCAGAACAAUGCAACAGCCCCCCGAAGACAAGGCGAAAUGCAGCUGCAGGCAAAGGUUAAUAAUGGAGCCAGUGAGGAGUGAGGUCAUUCUCUCGGUUUACAUCAUUUCCUUCCUCAUCGGCCUGCCAUCCAACCUCCUGUCUCUGUACGCCUUCAGCAUUAAGAUCAACUCCAAGCCCCUGCCAACAGACAUCCUGCUUCUCAACCUGACUGUCUCUGACCUGCUCUUUCUGAUCAUCCUUCCUCUCAAGAUGUACGAGGCAGCAUCAGGCAUGGAAUGGCACUUGCCCAGCUUCCUGUGCUCCAUCACCUCCUUCACCUUCUUCUCCACAAUCUACACCAGCUCCUUGCUGCUGAUGGCGGUCAGUGUGGUCCGCUACAUCGGGGUAGCUUUCCCAAUCACCUAUCACCGGCUGCUCAAACCUGUGUAUGCAAUAGUUACCAGUGCUGUUAUUUGGUUGAUCUCAGCAGCACACUGCAGCAUCACUUUCAUUACUCAGCACCACCCAUCCCUGUCCAGCAAAAACUCCAGUGUGUGCUAUGAGAACUUCACUGAGAAACAGCUGAAGGUCCUCCUCCCUGUUCGUUUAGAGUUUUUCUUCGUGCUGUGCCUCAUACCUCUUCUGAUCUGUGUUUACUGCUACAUGCACUGCAUCUUGAUCUUGUACAGUCGCCCCAGGAUAUCCCGGAUGCAGAAACAGAAGGCCAUUGGUAUGGCCAUGGGGACUCUAGCUGUGUUUCUCAUUUGUGUGCUGCCAUACAAUUUCUCCCAUUUACUGGGUUACUUCAUGAAUGAGAGCCCAAAAUGGAGGUACUACACUUUGCUACUCAGCACCUUCAACACCUGUAUUGAUCCCAUUAUCUUCUACUAUUCCUCCUCCGCUUUCCACUGCAAUAGUAAAAAGUCAAUUUUCAGGAAGCAUGUAGUCACUGUUCCAGGAUUACAAAAGCAGCCCACGAGCUCUAGCUAAGUGUAAAAUGCACUUUCUAUACAAAAUGUACAUAUAUAGCAUCAAUGUUAUUAUUGUAAUGUAUAUUAUAGGUAUUACUAUAACUUUUCUUUUUUCUUUUUUUAUUAUUAUUUUUUUUGCACAUACAGCCACUUGCACUAGAUGUGCUCACUUUAAUCCAGUGCUCAUUUUUAUUCACUGCUCAUUAUUAUCCACUUCUCAUCAUUAUUAUUAUUAUUAUUUAUUGCCAUUAAUUGUAUUUUGGUACUUUAUUUUGCAUGCCUAGUUUUUAGUUUUAAGUUUUUUGAGUUUAAAUUUUUAAAUUUUUAAUCUGACUCUCUCUCCUUUACUGCUGUAACACUGAAAUUUCUCAGUUGUGGGAUCAGUAAAGGUGUAUCUUACCUUAUCUUAUCUUAUUAUAUCAGAUAUAUUUGUAAUGCUGUACAGACUGAUCUAAUAGUUUAGUUCAUUUGUAAAAUAAUGUCACACAUCUGGGUUUUGCUGGUCACUGAGUAACAACAUUUUUGUUGAUCUUAUCGUGCUCAAAGACUAUGAACUGCUUUUCAUACCAAACAACCAUAGAUCAUUAUAUGACAAACCACAGGACAUGUAUGAUGCAUAUGCAAAAUUCCAAAUUUUUAUUAUUUUACAGUAAGU